CAGACAGGCACACAGACUGACUGACAGACACACUGCCGGACCAUCAUGGACUGGAUCAAGACAGAGAAACCCGCCUCCGGAUGAGACAGGACGGCCUGGCUUCUGUUUUUUGGGGGGACUCUGCUAAAGAUACGUGGAAUAACCGACAACCUUUUGGGAGAUUUAACCCCGUGCUUCCCGUGAUGGAAUAUUUACGCUCUUCUCAUUUUCUAAUUUUUCUCCUCUUCUCUUCCUCCUCCUUUUCUUCAUCCAUCACUUCCACCUCCCGUGCUUCAUUCUCUCACAUUUUGACACGCUGUUGAAGAUGCGCCCGAAUGCGUCUUUUGCGCACUUCCAUUGCGACCGUCACUGACAGCGCCCGUUCUUUAUAACAUUUUCAAUUGCUUUCUUUCUUUCUUUUUUGUAUACAUUUAUUAAAAACACGAGAGAGGGGAGGAAGAAAGAGAAAGAGAGAGAGAGGUGUGAAUUGAAUUGAACGCGGUGCUGGUCUCAUGUUUCUUGCCUAGGGCCCGGAUGUACCGAGGGAUGCACCGGUGCGUUUUCCCAGCCGGUUCCGCCGAAAGCUCCCUCUUUUUUCUCGCCUUCACCUCCAUCAUGGGGAUUAGGUAAUAUUCACUCCAUCGGAAGAAACCCUCCCCAUAAACAAAAACAACGGAAUACCCAAAACUGUCCGUGUCAGACAGUUCUUUCUUCUUUCCUCCCCUCUUCUUUAAUUUCUUUAUUUUUUGGGGGCUUUCCCCCCCUCUUGUUAUUUUCCUCUCCAGCUUUUCCCCCUCUCUCUCUUCCAUUUACCUAUAGGGAUAACGCCGGACUACAUUUAUGGUAAAUGAAAGCAAAAACAUGUACAUCCCGGAGGACACCCUUGAGAACCAUCAAGGCUCCGACUACUCUCCCCCUCCCCCUCUUCCUCGACCUCCUCCACCUGGCCUGACCAAUGAGCACAGUGGUGGCACUAGCCAUGGCGACCAUGGUGGAGGAGGGGGCGGGGUCAACCAUGGAGUGGGCGUGGUUGGUCUGGCUCCAGAGCACAUCCCCACACCGGGGGCAGCCCUGAGCUGGCAGGCGGCGAUCGAUGCCGCACGGCAGGCGAAGAUGAUGGGUAAUGCCGCAUCGGGGGGAGGGGCGGGGCUUGGGUCCGGAGGGCGAGGGCCAAUCUCCACGGCCAGCUCCACGCAACGGAAGAGACAGCACUAUACCGCUAAACCCAAGAAACAAACCACAACGACAGCCACAAGGCCGCCACGGGCUCUACUCUGCCUCACACUCAAGAAUCCUAUCCGCAGGGCCUGCAUCAGCAUCGUAGAGUGGAAACCAUUUGAGAUCAUCAUCCUGAUGACAAUUUUUGCCAACUGUGUGGCCUUAGCUGUCUACAUCCCCUUUCCCGAGGAUGACUCGAACGCCACCAACUCCAACUUGGAGCGUGUGGAGUAUCUGUUCCUCAUCAUUUUCACGGUGGAGGCGUUCCUGAAGGUAAUAGCCUACGGCCUGCUCUUCCACCCCAACGCCUACCUGAGGAACGGCUGGAAUCUGCUAGACUUCAUCAUUGUAGUUGUAGGGUUAUUCAGUGCAAUCUUGGAGCAGGCCACAAAAGGGGAUGGGGCUACUCCUAUUGGAGGGAAAGCAGCGGGCUUUGAUGUCAAGGCUCUGAGGGCAUUCAGAGUACUCAGACCCCUCAGACUGGUCUCUGGAGUACCGAGUUUACAGGUAGUGUUGAACUCCAUAAUCAAAGCCAUGGUUCCUCUGCUCCAUAUCGCCCUGCUGGUCCUCUUCGUCAUCAUCAUCUAUGCCAUCAUCGGUCUGGAGCUCUUCAUGGGCAAGAUGCACAAGACCUGCGUUCAUAACCUAACAGGCACUAUCGCAGAGGAAAAGCCAGCACCGUGUGCACCUGAUGGAGCUUAUGGUCGACAUUGCACGCAGAAUGGAACACAGUGCAGAGUGGGGUGGGAGGGCCCAAACGACGGCAUCACAAACUUCGACAACUUUGCCUUUGCCAUGUUAACGGUGUUCCAGUGUAUAACCAUGGAAGGCUGGACAGACGUGCUGUACUGGAUGCAGGAUGCUAUGGGCUAUGAGCUGCCAUGGGUCUAUUUUGUCUCUCUUGUCAUCUUCGGCUCUUUUUUCGUUCUCAAUCUCGUUCUGGGAGUGUUGAGCGGAGAGUUUUCCAAGGAGAGAGAGAAGGCCAAGGCACGCGGUGACUUCCAGAAACUCAGAGAAAAACAGCAACUGGAGGAAGACCUCAAGGGCUAUUUAGACUGGAUCACUCAAGCUGAAGACAUUGACCCAGAGAAUGAAGAGGAGGGCAUGGACGAUGAGAAACCCAGAAAUCUGAGCAUGCCAGCCAGCGAGAAUGAAUCAGUCAACACAGACAAUGCCCCCGGGGGAGACGUAGAGGGUGAGACCUGCUGUACCCGGCUGGCAAUUAGGAUCUCCAAAUCCAAGUUCAGCCGCUACUCCCGGAGGUGGAACAGGCUGUGUCGAAGGAAAUGCCGGGCAGCAGUCAAAUCACAAGUUUUCUAUUGGCUGGUCAUUUUCCUGGUUUUCCUCAACACUCUGACCAUUGCCUCUGAACAUCACCAGCAGCCUCAGUGGCUAACUGAUGUACAAGACAUAGCCAAUAAGGUUUUGCUAGCACUCUUUACUGGUGAGAUGCUGUUGAAGAUGUACAGUCUGGGCCUGCAGGCCUACUUUGUUUCACUCUUCAAUCGGUUCGACAGCUUCGUAGUAUGCGGAGGGAUCCUUGAAACCAUUCUGGUGGAAACAAAAAUCAUGUCUCCUCUUGGCAUCUCUGUGUUACGUUGUGUACGCUUACUCCGAAUCUUCAAAAUAACCAGAUAUUGGAACUCGUUGUCCAACCUGGUGGCAUCCCUGCUGAACUCUGUCCGCUCCAUCGCUUCCCUGCUGCUCCUGCUGUUCCUCUUCAUCAUCAUCUUCUCCCUGCUGGGCAUGCAGCUGUUUGGGGGAAAAUUCAACUUUGACGAGACUCGACGAAGCACGUUCGACAACUUCCCCCAGUCUCUGCUCACUGUGUUUCAGAUCCUGACCGGAGAGGACUGGAACUCUGUGAUGUAUGAUGGUAUCAUGGCGUAUGGUGGUCCAGCUUUUCCUGGCAUGCUAGUUUGCAUCUACUUCAUCAUCCUCUUCAUCUGUGGAAACUAUAUCCUGCUGAAUGUCUUCUUGGCCAUUGCUGUAGACAAUCUGGCAGACGCCGAGAGCUUGACAUCAGCCCAGAAAGAGGAAGAGGAGGAGAAGGAGAGGAAAAAACUGGCCAGGCUUGGCAGUCCAGAGAAGCGUCAUGAAAAUGAGAAGCCGCCUCUGGAGGAAGAGAAGAAGGAGAAAAUAGAGCUGAAGUCCAUUACUUCUGACGGGGAGACCAACACUGCUACAAAGAUUAACAUGGAUGACUGCUGUGGGGAUGAGAGCGAAGAGAAGAAUCCAUAUCCCGCCAAUGAUUAUAUAGGAGAUGAAGACGAUGAUGAGCCAGAGAUGCCUGUGGGCCCGAGGCCACGGCCCCUCUCUGACAUUCAGCUGAAGGAGAAGGCUGUCCCCAUGCCUGAGGCCCGAGCUUUCUUUAUCUUCAGCCACACCAACAAGUUCAGGGUUCUCUGCCAUAAGGUCGUCAACCACAACAUCUUCACCAACCUCAUCCUCUUCUUCAUCCUGCUCAGCAGCAUCAGUCUAGCGGCAGAAGACCCUGUCAAAAAUGACUCCUUCAGAAAUAAGAUCCUGGGCUAUGCAGAUCAUGUGUUUACUGGACUCUUCACCAUCGAGAUCAUUCUUAAGAUGACAGCCUAUGGCGCCUUCCUCCACAAAGGUUCUUUCUGUAGAAACUAUUUUAACAUCCUGGACUUGGUAGUGGUCAGCGUGUCCCUCAUCUCCUCUGGAAUACAACUAGACUUCUCGACGUCCAGCGCAAUUAAUGUUGUAAAAAUCCUGAGAGUUCUGCGCGUGCUUAGACCACUGAGGGCCAUCAACAGAGCCAAAGGACUAAAGCAUGUAGUGCAGUGCGUGUUUGUGGCCAUCAGGACUAUUGGCAACAUCGUCAUUGUCACCACGUUACUCCAGUUCAUGUUCGCCUGUAUUGGAGUGCAACUCUUUAAGGGAAAGUUUUUCUACUGUACCGACAACUCUAAGCAGACUCAGGCAGAGUGCAGAGGUUCUUUCAUCACGUAUAAAGACGGGGAUGUGGGGAAGCCUGACAAAGCCCCAAGAGUGUGGGAGAACAGUGACUUUAACUUUGAUGAUGUUCUACAAGGCAUGAUGGCGCUGUUUGCCGUGUCUACCUUCGAGGGAUGGCCAGGGUUACUGUACCGAGCCAUUGACUCUCAUGCUGAGGAUGUGGGGCCCAUUUACAACUACCGCGUGGUCAUUUCCAUCUUCUUUAUCAUCUACAUCAUCAUCAUUGCCUUCUUCAUGAUGAACAUUUUCGUCGGUUUCGUCAUCGUCACAUUCCAGGAACAAGGGGAGCAAGAAUAUAAGAACUGCGAGCUGGACAAAAACCAGCGUCAGUGCGUGGAGUACGCUCUAAAGGCUCGUCCGCUGCGUCGCUACAUCCCCAAGAACCCUUACCAGUACAAGGUGUGGUAUGUGGUCAACUCCACCUACUUUGAGUAUUUGAUGUUCACACUCAUCCUUCUCAACACCAUCUGUCUGGCCAUGCAGCAUCAUGGACAGACCAAAAAUUUCAAUGAUGCCAUGAACAUCCUCAACAUGCUCUUCACGGGACUUUUCACUGUUGAGAUGAUCCUUAAACUGAUCGCCUUCAAACCCAGGGGGUACUUUAGUGAUCCCUGGAAUGUGUUUGAUUUCCUCAUCGUAAUUGGCAGCAUAAUAGACGUCAUUCUCAGUGAAAUCAACCCGGCUGACUCCUCCUCGUCCUCGUCCUCUUCGUCCUCCUCUUCCUCCUCUUCCUCCUCUCACCCCCCUGUGGUAAGGCCAAUGGGACUGCAGAACUCUGAAGAGAACGCCAGGAUCUCCAUCACCUUCUUCCGGCUGUUCCGCGUGAUGAGGCUGGUGAAGCUGCUGUCUCGCGGGGAAGGGAUUCGGACCCUGCUGUGGACCUUCAUCAAAUCCUUCCAAGCUCUGCCCUACGUAGCUCUCCUUAUAGUGAUGCUGUUCUUCAUAUACGCCGUCAUUGGCAUGCAGAUGUUUGGUAAGAUAGCUCUGCGGGACCACAUGCAAAUCAACAGGAACAACAAUUUCCAGACAUUCCCUCAGGCGGUGCUGCUGCUCUUCAGAUGUGCAACAGGUGAGGCGUGGCAGGAGAUCAUGCUGGCGUGUUCACCCAAACAGCCGUGUGAGAAAGGAUCAACCAAUGAAAGCAGCUCGUCCAAUGAGGACUGUGGCAGCCAGUUUGCCAUCAUUUAUUUUGUCAGCUUCUACAUGCUCUGUGCCUUCCUGAUCAUCAACUUGUUUGUGGCCGUCAUCAUGGACAACUUUGACUACCUGACGCGUGACUGGUCGAUCCUGGGGCCACAUCAUCUUGACGAGUUCAAGAGGAUCUGGGCUGAAUAUGACCCAGAAGCUAAGGGCAGAAUAAAACAUCUUGAUGUGGUGACUCUGCUCAGAAGAAUCCAGCCUCCCCUCGGGUUUGGAAAGCUCUGUCCACACAGGGUGGCUUGCAAGCGUCUGGUGUCGAUGAACAUGCCUCUGAACAGCGACGGAACAGUGAUGUUCAACGCCACACUGUUUGCCCUGGUCAGAACUGCACUCAGGAUAAAGACAGAAGGGAACUUGGAGCAGGCCAAUGAGGAACUGAGGGCAAUAGUGAAGAAGAUAUGGAAGAGAACCAGUAUGAAGCUCUUGGAUCAAGUAGUGCCCCCUGCUGGUGAUGACGAGGUAACAGUCGGGAAAUUCUACGCCACCUUCCUCAUCCAGGAAUAUUUCCGCAAGUUUAAGAAAAGGAAAGAACAAGGGCUGGUGGCCAAGGUGCCCCCCAAAACUGCACUCUCUCUGCAGGCGGGCCUGCGGACAUUGCACGACAUUGGUCCGGAGAUUAGGAGAGCCAUCUCCGGAGACCUAAAUGUGGAGGAGGAGCUGGAUAAAGGUGUAAAGGAGCCUGUGUCAGCGGCGUCUGAGGACGAUAUCUUCAGGCGCACAGGAGGGUUGUUUGGCAACCAUGUCAACUACUACAACCAGAGUGAUGGCCGUGGGUCCUUCCCGCAGUCUUUCACUACCCAGCGUCCCUUGCACAUCAGCCAAAAAGGGUCACCUUGUGAAGGCGAGAGCCCGUCUCAUGAGAAGCUCAUGGAUUCAACUACUUUCACCCCUUCCUCUUACUCCUCAUCAGACUCUAACGCCAACAUCAACAAUGCCAACAACACUGGCAUGGCCGGGGUGGCAACCCAGGGCAUCAGCCGAUUCCCAAGCCCAUCUAUAAGCACUGUGGAUGGGCACACCGGGCAGCCACUCACCCCCAUCCUGCUGCCAAGAUCCGCGUGGUGCUUUCCUCCAAAGAGGACGUGUUUUUAUGACAGCCUCAUGCGCUCAGACUCGUGUGACAGUCAUCUGCCAAUCAUCCGAAGAGGGGAGGGGUCAACAGAGGAGACAUACGACGAGAGCUAUGUUGAAGACAGGGUGUACCAUGAGGAUGACCACUCGCUCUCGUCUGACAUGCUGGUGUAUCACGAUGAGACUUGUAAGCAGUUGACUCCCAUGGAGGAAGCAGAGGAAGUCGAGGACAGAAGAGGAGGAGGAGGGUGGCAGUCUCCCAGGAGAGUCUUCCUCUGUCCCACUUCUCUGGGGCGGAGAUCGUCCUUCCAUCUGGAGUGUCUCCGGAGACAGUCGAGGCCAGACGUCUCUCAGAAGACGGCUGUACCUUUACAUCUUGUACAUCAUCAGGCUCUGGCUGUAGCAGGGUUGAGUCCUCUGCUAAGACGGAGUCACUCACCGACCCUCUUCAGUCGGCUGUGCUCCACACCUCCAGCAAGUCCCACAGCUCAAUGCAGUGAUGCCUCCUACCAGCGAGUUCCCUCUCUGAGGCUAGAGGGCUCCAACUCCCAUGAAAAGCUCAAUACCAGCUUGCCCUCUGUCAACUGUGGCCCAUGGUACAAUGACAGUAAUGGGAAUAGCCCGGUGCCCAGUCCUAGCCCCACCCCUAGCAUGCCAGCGUCCAGUCAAAGGGCACCGAGGCCGGUGUCGCUCACUGUGCCGUCGCUGUUGGGGAAAGACUCCAGCUCGCUGUCUCACGGCAGCGCAGGCAGUCUAGUGGAGGCAGUCCUAAUAUCAGAGGGCUUGGGUCAUUUUGCCCAGGACCCCUCGUUCAUUGAGGCGACCAAAGCGGAGCUGGCUGAUGCCUGCGACAUGACCAUCGAGGAGAUGGAGCACGCCGCCAACAACAUUCUCAACGGCACCUCGCCCACAAACGCCACAUCCAGCACCACCUCCACCUCUCAGCACAGCCCUAACGGCAACGUCCUCCCCUUCCACACAACAGCAGCAGCAGCAGCAGCAGCACCAUCAACGCACAGGGACCGAGUGGUCGGCUUGAGUCCUAGUGAAGGUGGGGGAGAAGCCACAGGAAGCAGAGGCUCCAUACACGGUCCCUCCUCUAUAGAGGAGCGGCAGGAGCUGCUAGCCAGAGAGAGAGGACAAGAAGAAGAGGAGGAGGAAGAAGAGGAGGAGGCAGGAGGGAGGGAAGAGGGGCACUACAGAGGCUCGCUUGUGAUUGGAGGAGCACGACAGAGGAACAGCGGGCUGUUGGAGGACGAGGAUAUGGAGUGUGUGACAAGUUUAUAGGAGUCAAGUUAAUGGGUUCGAUCGACGAACUGGCCCCUCUGACAUCAUCAGAGACUGAUGCUUGUCAGGUGCUGCUUACAGCACCGCAGCUGGCUCUGUCUGUCCCCACCCUUCACAUACACACACACAAACACACUCUGUCGCUCUGGAGAGUGGCGGCCAGUGAUGCAACCUUAAACACCUGGUUAAUGACUCUGUUAGUCUAUGAGUUAGUAUAUGGAUGGAUGUUUGCUGUAAAAGCGAUAUACUCUACGAGCGUGUGCUUGCGCGCGUUUGUCAGUGUGAUCUAGGAUUUUUUUCUAUCUGUGCGCGCAUGUGCGUGUUCUCCACACGUGUCUGAGUGUGUCUCUAAAGUGCCUCACAGUUUUAUCAUGUCCUCAAAGUGUUAAGCGCAGAAAAGUAGACACAAGCAAAAAAGAAAAAAGACAAAGGGAAGUAUGACUGAAGGAAGGUAGACAAGAAACAACACAGCCAGGAAGUCCUUUCUAUGGAUCUCCUACAGACAACAUAGUGUGUUUAAUGUUUUCAUUUCCUACACCUACUUUGUGUUGUUGUUGUUUGUCUGGCCGCCAUGACACCAGGUAGGGGACAGCAGACCAGCUUUUGAAAGGGGUCAGUUUGGAUUACAGUAUGACCACACCCACUUGAGGUCAAAGGUCAACUCCUCCUCUUUGGUUCACUGAUGAUGAAGCGCUGUAUUGAGUAAAACAGGGAUGAAAAAAAGCCCUGUUUGAAAUCUCAUUUCUCCUCCUCUUCCAAAGCUAAGGAACCAUGGAGCACAGCCCUGCCAGCCUGGAGGUGGGAUUGAGGUGACACACCACCUCCAGCCAACGGGGGGAAGGAUUUGAGGGAUGGUCCAACAGCCCCAAUAAGGGUGCCAUAGGGAUGGGGGGCCCAGGCAAAGGAAGACAUUCUCUGGCCAACAGGAAGCUAGCCAGCUCUUUUUAUUUUUUUCCACCGCUGGUCAGGAAAACUCCAGCGAGAGACAAACUUGAAUCGUCUGUCAACGUGAUCUGGCUCCGCCUCCUCCACCGCUUUUCCUCGUUUGGCCACACCCACUCGCUGCCCCGAACAGGAGGAGCACUGGGUGGCAAAGCAGAGACAGCGAGCCCCCCCUUUCUGCCUCAUACCUCGCCGUUCCUCACUCCUUCCUCCCUCCUUCCUCCCUCCUCUUUGGUUACUUCACCAUCCCUCUCCCUCCAUCGCUGAGUCUUUUUGCUUUGUCAGCCCUCGGGGAGGCGUGCGUUUGUCGAACGGGGCAACAAAGAUGGCGGGGUGCGCGGGAGAACGGGAGUGAGUGAUUGAAAUGAAAAACAGACUCUGCCGUCAAUCAAAGACACUUCCUUCUCCAGGACCCUCCUCUUCCUCUCAGCGUGGAAUCCUACUGGAUUUGCUGCCACACACGAUUUCUACAGACCACGCCCACUAUGUAUUUAACAGUUCAAUAUUGUGCAAAACUGGCUAGCCAUGACUAUUUUUGUUUUAUAUUCAUGAUGUUAUUGGUUUAAUUUAUCCUUGAUUUGUUUGCACAAUCGGGGUGCUGGUCUUAUAAAUGUAUUUUUGCUCGGUUUAUUUUAGGAGAAUUUUAAGAGGUUUUAAGUAACGAAGCAGGGCGUAGUGUUUGUGUGCGAGUGCAUAACUAUAUUUGUGCGUGCGGAUGUGUGUCUGCGUUUUAGUACAGGAUGUAUGAAUGCGUGAGAUAG